GCUGUAGAUGACCUAUCCGGAAGUUCCGCUGGAUCUCGGGAGUUCCGAACAUCCAAAUUCCCUGUCCGCAACCAAUCAAAUCUUCCCUAGCUACACAACUGCGCCGGGGUGGCUUUGCGGGGUCUGGGGUUGAUUGUACGGCAUGUUCGAGAUCGUACCAUCAAAUGCCGUUAAAAGGCACCUCAAGCGUGAGGUGCGCAGUUCGGAAUGAACCAACAAUAUGUCUUUCGUGUCAAUUCCAACAUUGGCUCUGCUAAGCGCGCCGCUUGUAUACUUACUUCUACAAUUACAAAGGUGGCUCGAAGGUAGAGGAAAGCUCCCAUUGCCUCCAAAGCCGCCAGGCAUACCAUUCUUGGGUAACGCGAUUGAUGUCCUCAGAUCAACGAAGAGUAACUCACAGCAUCUUCUCUUCGGACAGUACGCACGCGACUAUGGCGAAAUCUUCCAUGUUCAGGUCGGACCGUUCACUCAAUACUUCAUCAACAGCGACGAAGCCGUCAAAGCCAUCUUUGACAAAGCAUCUGCGACCACCUCAGAGCGCCCGCGAUGGAUCGUCAGCAACGAGCAGAUAUGCGACCAGAAGAACGUCUUGCUGUUGAACGCAAGUCACCCACGAUGGAAACAUCAAAGAAAGGUCAUCUUGCAGGGCAUGACCAGCGUGCCACGUGCCGAUGCCGGCCUGGAGUACCUACAUUUUGAGACCGCAAAGUUCAUGAAACAGGUUGCGAACAACGACAAACUCGCUGGAGACAGCGUAGGUCUGUUCAACGAGAUCGGCCGGUAUACAUACAGCGCGUUCGCAAGCCAGGCCUUUGGCAUGGAUAUCGCAGACGCAAAGGACCCUGCGAUCGAGUACAUCUUCCGCAGCGGCUUGGAGCAGAUCCUUGGGACGUUGCCGGGCUCCCAUCUUGUAGACAUAUUACCGAUUCUUGACAAACUGCCUCUGUUCCUCAAGCCAUGGGAAAGGAAAGCAAGAGCACUCUUCCAAGACAAUAAAAAGUGGUGCGAUGAGCGCAUGCGCCGAGUCGAGAAGUCUAUCGAAGACGGCACAGUCAAUGACUCCUUCCUAGCUCGCGUGCUACAAGAUGAGAAGGGCAUGGGAUUCUACGACCGGUCCGAGGCCGCCUAUCUGGCCCUCAUGCUCAUCAUUGGCGCCGCAGACACUUCGAAGAUGUCAUCAUGGUCGUUCCUCGAGGCCAUGAUGCGCUUCCCCGAUGUUCAGGCCAAAGCGCUCGCUGAGAUCGAAGCUGUGGUCGGGGUCGCUGACCGCCUGCCAGUAUACGAAGAUCUCGACUCGAUCCCUUACGUCCGCUACCUGAUGAAGGAGCUCUGGCGCUGGCGUCCGCCUGUGGCACUCGGUCAUCCCCAUAUUACUACUGGAGAAUUGGCUUACAACGGCAUGCGUCUUCCUGCUGGAUCUCGCAUCCACAUGAACGCCUGGGCUAUCGGUCACGAUCCCGCCCGUCAUACCUGCCCAGAUCGCUUCUGGCCCGAACGCUACGAGGGUGACUUGACGACUAGUGAGCAAAGCAAGAACUCCGCCAAUGUCAAAGACCGCGACCACUUCGCGUUUGGAUCAGGAAGGCGCAUAUGUCCCGGGUACCACGUUGCUGAACGCUCGCUUGCGAUCGCGAUCAUGCGUCUCGUGUGGGCCUUUGAGGUUGUUCCGGCGCCGAAUGCUACAUUGCCACUCAACCCAAGGGACUAUCCUGGAGAGAUGCCUGGGAACCCUGGAGAGCAUAUGCCCAUCAUGCUGAAGGUUCGCAGUCAGGCCAAAAGAAAGGUCAUUGAUAAUGAGUACAUGAGAGCUGAGGCUGCACAUCCUGCGAUGGAGCCUUUGACGCAUGAUGGCUGGUCGUGGAAAUUCUGA